GCGUAUUGCGACAUUGCAAAAGCGUUCGUACCAUGAAAUAUGACGUUGAAUAUAUGAAAGUGGUGGAUAGCGAAGAAUUGUUGGUAGCAAAACGCUGUGGGCACAACGCAUCAGCGCAUAUGAAGGCCAUUGAAGUGGUAGUUGCCAAGAGUCGGACAUUCACGACCAACUAACAAUCCAACCAAUUAAGCGCUCGACCGACCAACAAUAUAAAGUUGCUAAUCUGAAAUUGCAAUCUCAAGUGCUGCACAUUAGGCGGCCGGUUUGAAAGCGUGUGUGUGUGUGCAGUUGGGAAGUACCCAGCAACAAUCGCCAGCCAACACAGCGUCCAGGAUUUUCAACACAAAAGUGCAAAACUCUCAAAACACUUCCGGCAGUAAAACGGCAUUUUAUUUGCCGCCUCGUUAACUGCAAUAUUAGGCAAUAGCGAAGAUUGCAAAAAAAAACAAAUAAAAUAAAAACAACAAACCGAAACCGAAAAAAGAUUGUACAUCAGUUUCGGGCAGCAGUCGACACCGAAUUGUGCAAAACGGCGUCUAAGCGCUUACACAAUUCGACAAAAUGCGUUUUGCCGCAACAUCUCUACUAUUUUGUGGUGCGCUCUCUGUAAUUUUCCUGUCGCAAGGGCUGGUACAAGCAACCAGCUCGGAUUCAGAUGACGACUACGAGCCGAGACACUUGACCAACGACCAAUCGUCUUUUUUUCAGUCGCAAUCGGACUCACCAUUCUCACGAGCCACCGCAAAGGGUGAGAAUGUUCGACGAGUUGGACGAGUGGAGACUAACAAAUGGAAUCAGACAAAUCGCCUGAAGAUUAGCAAUGAGUCAACAUAUUCCGAUUCUGAUUCCGAUUCAGAAUCUGAAAGUCGCGAUACAAAUUCUGAAUAUGAGGAUGAUGAUGAUGGCGACGAGUACUAUGAUGACAGCGGUGAGGAGAGCAGCACAGAUAGCAGUAGUGAUGAGUCGGUGCCACGUUUGUUGUCACAAUCGGCUUUCAAUCGCAUUUCGGAAACCUUGGGUGCUCUCAACACAAUGGGCCAUCUGUUGGUGGACAUAACGCGCGGUGGUCACGAGUCGAAACAGGAUUCAUAUGAGGCACCAGCGGCAAAUGAAGUUAGUGCUAGUGGUGUUGAAUCGACUACUGUUGGUAUUCUAAGUACUACAAGCGCUACGACGAUUGCAACAACGACCGCAACGCCAUCUAGAAAGUUCAAUGACAUAAGCCCAACAGCGAAAAUUCUCGCGCCACUGCCUAAUCAAAGUAAUCUGAUCACAGACCAGAAAGUGACGGGUUUGUUGAUGGCCGACAAGCGUGUGGGCGAAAACGGAACGCCUGCUAAGCCGAUGUUUGUCGAAACUAAGGAGACAAAAAAGAAGAAAAAGAAGAAGAAGAACCGCAAUAAGGUGAAGAAACCCGCGGCCACAAACCCAGCCAAUGGUAGUGCAACCGGUCAAUCGCAACAGUUAAACAAACCACCAACCACCUUAAGACCCACCACCACGACGCUGCCAACAACCAGCCACAUUGCAAAUGAUCGCAUUGAUCAGAUUACAACCACUACUGAAGAUAUUUCUGGCAAAGAUGUGGAGAACUAUUGCAAAACACCUAGCGGACGUCUGGGUCGUUGCGAAGAUUUGAGCAGCUGUCCAGCUUUGCUGCUGAAUUUGAGUAGUCUGCGCGAGUCGCUCUGCUUUAAGAGCUUAUUCGUGCCAGGUGUCUGUUGUCCAUUAGCAGAGUCUUCAACAGUGCUUACAACACAGCGACCGCUCAAGCUGACCACGAAAGCGCCGACUGUGGCGCUCACAACGAAGCGACCAACUACACAACGUCCAGCCUCCUCACCGAGCUUGGUGUUGAUACCACAGCUUAAACCUUCAACAACAACAACAACCACGACCACAUCGAACCCGUUGGGCAAUGAAUUGGAACUCAUAGGCAACAAUAACAUAGUUGAUCCGGAAGAGUGCGGACAGCAGGAGUAUUCGGCAGGGCGAAUUGUGGGCGGUGUUGAAGCACCAAAUGGCCAAUGGCCAUGGAUGGCGGCGAUCUUCUUGCAUGGCCCCAAACGUACCGAGUUCUGGUGUGGCGGGUCGCUUAUUGGCACGAAGUAUAUUCUAACUGCAGCGCAUUGCACGAGGGACUCACGCCAGAAACCCUUUGCGGCGCGCCAAUUCACUGUGCGUCUGGGCGACAUCGACUUAUCCACCGAUGCUGAACCCUCCGCGCCGGUCACCUUUACCGUGAAAGAAGUGCGCGCACAUGAGCGUUUCUCACGUAUUGGCUUCUAUAAUGACAUCGCCAUUUUGGUGCUGGACAAGCCUGUGCGUAAGUCCAAAUAUGUUAUCCCAGUUUGUUUGCCGCGUGCGGGACGUGCGCCGCCUAAGGAACGUCUGCCUGGGCGUCGUGCGACUGUAGUGGGUUGGGGCACCACCUACUAUGGUGGCAAAGAGUCGACAACGCAGCGUCAAGCUGAAUUGCCGAUUUGGCGGAAUGAGGACUGCGAUCGUUCCUACUUCCAACCCAUCAAUGAGAACUUUGUGUGCGCCGGCUACUCGGAUGGUGGCGUGGAUGCGUGCCAGGGCGACUCCGGCGGGCCACUUAUGAUGCGCUUUGACUCGCGGUGGGUGCAACUCGGCGUGGUGUCGUUCGGCAACAAAUGCGGUGAGCCUGGCUAUCCUGGCGUCUAUACGAGAGUUUCGCAAUAUUUGGAUUGGAUUCGUGAUCACACGCGUGACUAGUGUGGCACUAAG